AUGCAAUAAACUUCUUAAAGAAACCUCUUGUUGACUAGUCCUAUAAAGUAUUAAAAUUCCAUUAAAUUCAAUUAAACUCCGGAUGAAACAGGAAAAUAGAAGCAAUACUUUAUUAAAGAUAAGGAAGCCAUGUUUGAAGAAAUUUAAUCUCUCAAAUAAAGCAAAAAUGAGUUGUUUAUCAAUUUAAAAAAGCUUUAAGCUUAAGUUCAAUAUUACAAGAAAGAAGCUAUGUACAAGGAAGAAAGCAGUCCACUCAAAAGUUCAUCCAGAUUCAAACAAUUAUAUUAAGAGAGAAUUGCUAUUCUAGAGGUUUUUAUAAAUAAAAUUCUAAGCAAGAAAAUUCUAAAUUGCAUCAACAAUUAGAAGAAAUAUAAACGUUUUUGAACUAGCUUAAAAAUCCAUUAGGUCAAUCUAAUUUAGAACUAUUUUCCUUGUAAUUAUAAAAUGAUAAUGAAUAACUGACUUAAUUGUUAGAAGAAAAAUAAAAUGAAAUUGAAGAACUUAAAGUAUUAUUAUUUAUUAUUCUAAGAAAACAAACAACAAAUUAACAAUCAAAUUUAAUGCUUCACAAAUUCAACAAAAUAAACUUAAAGCACUUAAUAAUUAAUUAUUAAUAGAUAUUAAUGAUUUGAAGAAAAAAUAACAUCUUUAUGAAAGUAGAAUUUCUUAAAAAGAAAUUCCUAGAGUAGAUGAAAAAAUUUAAAUUGAAUUAGAAUAAAUGAAAAUAGAAAUAAGAAAAUCUUAACAAUAAUUGAAAUAACAAGAACAAUCUUUUGCUAAUUAAUUAUAAUUAGAAUAAGAAAAAUUUGAGAAAUUAGAAAAACGAAAUAAAGAACUUUAGAAAAGUAUUAUAUUUUUGGAAAAUAUGUAUGAAUAGGAAAAAGUUAAUUAUUAAUAAUUAUAAUAAUCAUAAAAAUUUAUAAGAAGAACUGUGAUCCUUAAAUCCAUUUAACCAGAAGAACCGGAAAAAUAUAUUGAAUAAGAAACUAAACUGAGAAAAUUAGGUUAAAUUGAAAAAAGUGAAAUUUUACCAAUUGCUAAGAAAGUUAGAUUAAAUCUAUUAGCCUAAUAAAUUUCUUUAAAAUAAGUUGAAGAAUAUCUUCUUACUAAUGAGACUCUAACAUUAUUAUAAUUGGAAGAGAAUUUAAGUUGUCAUGUUUUUGGAUUGACUGAAGAUGAAGAAAUUUCAUAAUUGGCUACUUAUUUAGCAGAUCUUGAAAAUGAAGAAGUCGAAACAACAGCUCUAAGGGUAAAAAGUAUUUUUAAGAAUUUAAUGGAAAAUUAUACAAUAUUGAGUAAAAAUGAAUUAUAAGCUAUCAAUUAAAGUAUUUCAAUUAAACGAACUUAAAUUAAUGAAUAUUUGACAAAGAAAUAUCCAUAGAUAUUUACAAGUGGUUAUAUUAGUAUUGAUGUAAAAUUAUUUAUAAUUAUUAAGCAAUAUUUGGAAACCUUAUAGAAUCUAGAAGUUUCAUUAAGUAAAAAUGAAAUAGAUCAUUUAACUGCUUUGAUUACUAAGUAAAAUAGAUAACCAAGAGUACUAUUAUAAUAAAUUCAUGCUCCUUUCUUUAUUUGUAAUGAGCCUACUUCUGAUGACGAUGAUUCAAGCUUUCAUUAACCUGUACCAUAAUUACAUAAUCCUAUGUAAUUAUCAGAUGAUGAAGAAUAGUUGAGUGCUUUAGACAUUAAAAUGUGUAAUUCAUAAGAGUUAAGAAAAAAGAGUCAUACUGAACUCCCUUAAUUUUGA